AUGGUCAAGCGAUGUAUAUGUGAGAUCUGCACCUGCGGGCGUCAUCAUUGCCCCCAUCGCCCAUGGCGUCCGGGUGGUGACUAUGGCCCAUGCCUGGUCACAUCUUACAACACGGCCUACAAAAAACAUCCCAUUCAGCCCCGUGAAAGCUGCAAGCCUGAGCAGUCAGCUUUAAGAAGUGAAGAGCCUCUGUCAGAUAAGACAACCAAUCGCACUGACUAUAUUAAGCAUCCUCUAGACAAGCCCUAUGCCCGUGUGAAUGAACCAUAUGUGAGACCAGUUGGGGACAUUGACACGCUGACCUCUUAUCACCGAGACUACACAGAAAAGCAUGUCCCACCAGCACAGAUGAUUAAGCAUGAUGGACCGAGACAAGUCCCAGCAAAGUUUGAGGGAGAACCAACUUACAAGGUUGAUUAUCGUAAAUGGCCUCUUGAGAGACAUGCAGUAAAGAUGCCAGAUCAGUGGGUCCCUCCAGUACAGCCUUUUGAAGGCCAGAGCACUUUCACUCGAGAUUACCGAAGAUACAAUGAACCUCCGCGUAAGAGCUUGAAACCCCUUGAAGCUGCACAGAUGUCAAAUGCUCCUUUUGAUGGAAAUACCGGCUACCGUGAUGAUUAUGUCCGCCAUCCCCUGAAACCUCGUGAAAUGAAAGAGAAAGAGAUUUACAGGGCCCCUAAUGCACCCUUUGAUGGCAUGACAACAUUCAAUCGUGAUUAUACAAAGAAAGAAGCCCCUAAAGCAGAGUCAUGCAAACCUAUCUCUGAGGCUUUCCAGUCUAAUGCGCCUCUAGAUGAUCUGACUACAUUCAAGAAUGAUUACAGAAGAUGGAAUGGGGAGAGACCACACAUACACCAGCCUGAUCAGUAUGUUAGGCCUGAAGGAGAGAUGGAUCAUAACACCACUCACCGUAUACAAUUUAAACCUCAUCCAGUGCAAAAAGUGGCACUGAUGAAACCAGGAGAAGGCAGAGUCAUGAUACCAGGAGAGUUCAAUGGCCUUACCAAUUACAAAAGUGAUUACAAACCAUGGGGAAUUCAACGUGAGAUGCCCAGACCUAAAGAUGGAUGGGUUCCAAAUAAUGCUCCAUUUGAUGGUACACCUACUUAUAAGGCUCAUUAUGUACCACAUGCAGUAGCUCCACCAAGAAGCAUGAAACCAGAAGCAACCGCCUUGACCAGCAAUGCUCCAUUUGAUGAUGCAACAAUGUACCGCACUGAGUAUGUGAGAAAGCAGGCAGACAUAUGUCCUGCAUCCAUCCUUGACACAACACAAUCAAGAUACUGCUAUGUGGAAACUGACAGUCAAGGCCAUAAGCAAUAUUUGCCAGUUUUUGAGCAGAUGUCUGCACUAAACCAAACCAAUGGAGGCAUGCCUAAGAUUCCUGCUGCAGUGUUUGCUUAA